AUGAAGUUGACCACCACCCUCGUUGCUGUGGCAGCGGCACUUUUCGGUGCCACCGAUGCCAAAAAGUUCUCCACCAAGCUUAAUAAAAUUCCCGUUGAGGAAUCCUUGGAUGCCUUUAGGUUCCAUGAAUACACCUCGGCUUUGGCCCUGAAGUACAUUGAUGCCUACGCUGCUGCUGGCUACGGUAACUCUGGCCAGAGCGGUCAGGAUGUGGCUCAGAUUCCACUUGUUUCUAACGGUGGCAAGCACGAGGCUCCUCUUACCAACUACUUGAAUGCCCAGUACUUCACUGAAAUCCAGCUUGGUACCCCAGGCCAGACCUUCAAGGUUAUCUUGGAUACUGGUUCUUCUAACUUGUGGGUUCCAUCCAAGGACUGCAGCUCCUUGGCUUGUUUCUUGCACUCCAAGUACAACCACGACGAGUCUGCUUCUUACAAGGCUAACGGCUCUGAGUUCUCUAUCCAGUAUGGUUCUGGUGCUAUGGAGGGUUACGUUUCCCAGGACACCUUGGCUAUUGGUGACUUGGUGAUUCCAAAGCAACAGUUUGCUGAGGCCACUUCCGAGCCUGGCUUGGCUUUCGCCUUUGGUAAGUUCGACGGUAUCUUGGGUUUGGCUUACGACACUAUCUCCGUCAACAAGAUUGUUCCACCAGUCUACAACGCCAUCAACCAGGGUCUCUUUGAGUCUCCUCAGUUUGGUUUCUACCUUGGUGACGCCAAUGAGGACGAAAACGACGGAGGUGUGGCCACUUUCGGUGGUUACGAUGACUCCCACUUCAAGGGCUCCCUUACCUGGUUGCCAGUUAGAAGAAAGGCUUACUGGGAGGUUUCCUUUGACGGUAUCGGAUUGGGCGAUGAGUACGCCGAAUUGACCUCCACUGGUGCUGCUAUUGACACCGGUACUUCUUUGAUCACUUUGCCAUCUGCUUUGGCUGAGCUUAUCAACGCCAAGAUUGGUGCCACCAAGUCUUGGUCUGGCCAGUACCAGGUUGACUGUGAGAAGAGAGACGAGUUGCCAGACUUGACCUUGACUUUCGCUGGUUACAACUUCACCUUGUCUCCAUACGACUACACCUUGGAAGUGUCUGGAUCUUGUAUCUCUGCCUUCACUCCAAUGGACUUCCCUAAGCCUAUUGGUGACUUGGCUAUCAUCGGUGACGCCUUCUUGAGAAGAUACUACUCCGUUUACGACUUGAAAAAGAACGCUGUUGGUUUGGCCCCAGCCAAAUAA